CGUUAGACGUAGAUCACGAGUUCGAAGUUUGUGUCUCAUAGCGCGGUUUUCUUAAAUUAAAAAAGAAAGAAAGAUGAAACCAAAACCAGAAUUAACAACCACAUUAAUAUGGGAUAAAUUGCAACAAUAUUUCAAUGCGAAUGGAUCAAAAAUUAGAAUACAUGAUCUUUUUCAACAAAAUCCAAAACGCUUUGAAAAUUUUAGCCUAGAAAUUUCUACUCCUGAAGAUGGACCAAUUUUGCUUGAUUAUUCUAAGAAUCGUCUUACUGAAGAAGCAUUACAAUUAUUAUUGGAAUUGGCACAAGUACGAGAAGUAGAAGCUGCAAGAGAUGCUAUGUUUAAAGGAGAAAAAAUCAAUUUUACGGAGAAUAGAGCAGUUUUACAUAUUGCUUUGCGUAACAGAGAUAACAAACCAAUAUUAGUUGAUAAUAAAGAUGUAAUGCCAGAUGUAAAUGCUGUAUUGAAUCAUAUGAAACAAUUUACUAACGAGAUUCUUUCUAAACAAUGGAAAGGUUUUACUGGUAAACCAAUUGAGGAUGUUGUUAAUAUUGGAAUUGGUGGUUCAGAUUUGGGACCCUUGAUGGUAACAGAGGCAUUAAAAGCAUUUCAUAUUGGACCACGAGUUCAUUUCGUUAGUAAUAUAGAUGGAACUCAUAUAGCUGAAACCUUAAAGAAAUUGAGUCCAGAAACAACACUUUUCAUAAUAGCAUCAAAAACAUUUACUACACAAGAAACAAUUACAAAUGCUACUUCUGCCAAAAUAUGGCUUUUAGAUGCUUUAAAAGAUUCCACAGCAGUUGCACGCCAUUUUGUUGCAUUAUCUACUAAUAAUCAAAAAGUGAAAGAAUUUGGUAUUGAUGAGAAAAAUAUGUUUGGGUUUUGGGAUUGGGUUGGUGGACGUUAUUCAUUAUGGUCGGCUAUUGGUUUAUCGAUCUGUUUGUCUAUUGGAUUUGAAAAUUUUGAAAAAUUAUUGAGUGGGGCAUAUUUUAUGGAUCAACAUUUUUGUAGUGCUCCAUUAGAUAAAAAUGCACCAGUCAUAUUAGCUUUGCUUGGAAUAUGGUAUCAUAAUUUUUAUAAAGCUGAAACACAUGCAUUAUUACCAUAUGAUCAGUAUUUGCAUAGAUUUGCUGCUUAUUUUCAACAAGGAGAUAUGGAGAGUAAUGGAAAAUAUGUUACUCGAGCAGGGAAAACUGUAACUUACAGUACUGGUCCAAUUGUUUGGGGAGAGCCAGGUACUAAUGGACAACAUGCAUUUUAUCAGUUACUACAUCAGGGUACUAGACUCGUUCCUGCUGAUUUUUUAAUUCCAAUACAAUCGCAUAAUAAGGUUCAAGGAAGUCUUCAUCAUAAAAUAUUGCUUGCAAAUUGUUUUGCACAAACUGAAGCUUUAAUGAAAGGAAAAAAUGAAAAUGAAGCACGAAUUGAAUUGCAAAAUGCAAGUAUGAGUCCAGAACAAAUAAAUUUGUUAUUACCACACAAGAUGUUUGAAGGAAAUAGACCAACCAAUACCAUCCUUCUAAAGAAAAUAACACCUUUUACUCUUGGAGCUUUGAUUGCAAUGUAUGAGCAUAAAAUUUUCGUGCAAGGAAUUAUUUGGGAUAUCAAUUCAUUUGAUCAAUGGGGUGUCGAAUUAGGGAAACAAUUGGCAAAAUUAAUUGAACCUGAAUUGGAGAGUACCCAAGCAGUUACAAGUCAUGAUUCAUCAACAAAUGGAUUGAUUGCAUUUGCUAAGAAUAAUAGUUCUUAAAAAUUACUCAAGCAAUAUAAAAUAAAUUUAGUAAUUGUUAAUUAUUACAGUAAAAAUGGUGUAGUACUAAAUUAAAUUUAGUGAUUAUUAAUUGUUACAGAAAAAGUGAUGACAACA